AUGAUCUUCCACAACUUCCGCAGUUUUACCCAACUCGCAUACGGACUUAGUGGCCACCACGUAACCGUGCAGCAACUGGAUCAGCUCGCAGUGAUCCUCAAAAACGGCACUAAACAAUCCAACAUCAGCGAGCUCCCCAACUCGGCCCAGUCUCCUAUUGCUCGCUUUCCCCUUUCGACCGCCUGCAUCCACUGCGUUGGCAACUCUGUCGCAAUUCCCGAUUUUGAUCGCAUUCUCCUAUCCUAG